AUGUCUGUAUCCUCCUGGACAUUUUGGACAUUCGCCAUCUCCCCAGGUACUGAAACUCUCGGUGGGGGAGGAGCUUGGUGUGAGGCAGAUGUUCCGGCUUGCUGCUGUAGCCAGGAUAACAUUCUUGUGGCCUAUGAGGCUUUUCACUCUUUGAGAUUAAAGAAACGAGGUACUAUAGGUCAUAUGGCGAUCAAACUUGACUUCGACAAGGCGUAUGACCAAAUAAAGUGGGAUUUCUUGUCUGAAGUACUUCAAAAGAUUGGCUUUCAUCCUAUAUGGACUCAAUGGCAACAAUCAAAUUUUGGGUUUAAAGAUCACAAGGCUCUGCUCAUCAUGAUAUCCACAAAGUUUGCUAAUGAUAUGAUUUUGUUUCUCAAGGAGGAUUCUGGUGAAUGCCAAAAUGUUUUGGACAUCCUUCAAAUUUUCUAUGAAGCCUUGGGGCAGAAGAUAAAUUUCGACAAGUCCAGUGUGCAAUUCUCAUUAAAUACCCCACCCACAAUGUGUAGCUCUAUAUGGAACUUGUCAGGUUUUCAACUCUCUCAAUCGGAUGUGAAAUACUUGGGGUUACCAUCUUUCUUGGGUCGAUCAAAAGCAAAAGCCUAUGAGUUCCUGAUUGAAAGGAUCCUCUCAAAGUUGCAAGGUUGGAAGUAG